AUGUCCGAGGAGACCCCGGAAACUGCACGAUAUGUCAAACGCAUCAGAGAAUGGACCCUGAGCAAGCAGAGGUCGCUGCUUCGCCCCACUCCUACGCCUCACCAGUUGUCGUUCCAGAUUCACGCGGCGGCCCGAAGCGCCUUCUUCGAUGGAAAAACCAAGUCCAUCCCAUAUCGGAAGGAACAGAUUGCGCAGCUCGGAUACCUCAUCAAGGAUAAUGAAGACCGCAUCCACGAGGCGCUCAAGCUCGACCUUGGCCGCCAUCCCCUCGAGUCCGAACUGUACGACUUCGGGCCGUCCUUCAAGGACAUUCGCAUCGCGUACGACAACGUCGAGCGAUGGACCGCGCCCCAGAGCGCCGAGUUCAACAUGAGCUACUUCUCCAUGGGCCCGAAGACGAAGGCGGAGCCGAAAGGCACCGUGCUCAUCGUCUCGGCGUUCAACCUGCCUGUCUUUCUUACCAUCAGCCCCAUGGCCAGCGCCAUCGCAGCGGGGUGUACGUUCGUCUUGAAGCCGUCUGAGGCAACUCCAAACAUGAACAAGCUGUGGGCAGAGCUCUUGCCCAAGUACCUCGAUCCCAAUUUGUACAAGAUUAUCCUUGGAGGCCCAGAGCAGAUGAAGAAGGUCCUCGAGCUCCGAUGGGACCACAUUCUGUACAUCGGGGGUGAGCGUGUUGGACGCAUCAUCGCGGAGGCAGCAGCCAAACAUCUUACCCCUACAACUCUCGAGCUUGGAGGCAAGAAUCCGGUCGUAGUAGACUCCAAGGCCGACCUGAAACUCAUGGCAAAGCGCGUUCUCUGGGGUCGCUUCGGGAAUGCGGGUCAAGUGUGCACCGCUCCGGAGUACAUUCUCGCGACCGAAGACGUCCAUGCACAGCUCGUCGAGGCUCUGAAAGAGACCUACGCGUCUUUCUACCCCGACGGCGCAGACAAAUCGGAGUCCAUUGCAAAGAUCGUGGCGAAGUCGCACGCAGAGCGCAUCAAGCGUCUGCUGGACGGGACCAAAGGGUCCGUGAUAUGUGGUGGGACGAGCAACGUCGAAGAGCGCUUCAUCGCUCCGACGAUCGUCGACAACGUCUCGGCAGAUGACACCCUGAUGAGCGAAGAGAUCUUCGGCCCAGUCCUCUCCGUCGUCCCCGUGAAGGACGUCGACGCAGCCAUCGAGUUCAUCCGCGCACGCGAGCAUCCGCUCUGUGUGUACGUGUUCUCCUCGGACAAAAAGUUCCAGGAGCGCGUGUUCUCGAACACGAAGAGCGGCGCGGCGGUCGCAAACGAGGUCGUCAUCAGCCCCGCCAUCCCCCACCUCCCGGUGGGCGGUGUGGGUGCGAGCGGGCACGGCUACUACGGCAGCAAGGGAGGGUUCGACUCCUUCACGCACCAGCGUGUGUCCUUCGACAACCCGUGGUGGUCGGACACGUUCGUCACCGGCUUCCGCUUCCCUCCGUACGCGAUGAACUUCAAACGGGGCAUCAGUCUCAUGUAUCCCGCGUUGCCGCCACGGCCGAAGGGUGGCCAGCACAGGUGGGCGUUUUGGCUGGCGUGUUGUUGCGCAGGACUCUUGGGCAUGGGACUGAUGACAAUCGCCGACUUCAGCUAG